AUGCCGCGGGAUAUCCAGCCUCGGCCGACACCAAGCGCGGCGGCAACGGCUGCCGCCGACACCGAGGGCGGCAGGGCACUGGCUGCCGCAAGGCGUGCCCAGCGCCGUCUCGGCCUCAGGGAAAAGCCAGCGCGCACCAAGAGAAAUCCGGCCUCUGCUGACAGUAGAGGCCGCCGGUCCUUCGCCGCCGCCGACGAGAAGUUCGGACGUUCCGCGGGACAUUCGGCCACAGCCGACAUGGAGGGCCGCCGGCCCUUCGCCGCCGACGAGAGUUCGGACGCGCCGCGGGAUAUCCAGGCUCUGUCGACACCGACGGCGGCAGGGCGCCGGCUGCCGCAAGGCGGGCCUAGCGCCGUCUCGGCCUCAGGAAAAGCCAGCGCGCACCGAGGGAAAUCCGGCCUCUGCCGACGGUGGAGGCCGCCGGGCCUCGCCGCCGCCGACGAGAAGUUCGGACUCUCGAUCGGAAGCCAGCACUCGCCGCGAGCCAUCCAGUCCCGGCCGGCCAGCAGGGCCGAGAUCCCCGCCACAACUCCGGCCGCAGCCGGGCUGCUUAUCGGCGAUAAGACGGCAGGCGAGGAAGAGCAGAAGAGAAACGCCAUCUUAGUAGCCGAGGACCUAGCCAGCGCGCUGCGGCACCUCGACGAGGAGUUCGAGGCGGGCGAGAGGCUGGCCAACGAGCAGACGUGGUGUGCGCCGGUGCCGCGCGAGAGGCAGGUGAGGACGGUGCGGAAGUUCUACCGGGCGUUCCACGACGCUGGCACGCUGCCGAUCGCGACCUGCACGCUAUGCUACCGGAAGCGGGCCAAGGGGCUGAGGGAGAUGGCGUGGGAGGGCCGGUGGCGGUCUGCGCAGAGUGCGCGCGAUGGGCCGGGCGUGAGGGCGUCGCCGGCCAUGCACCUCCAUGGGCGGCUCGGCUGCGAGCACGCGUACCCCGACGAGCUAAAGGACCUCACGCCGCUCGAGGAGAAGCUCAUCUCGCUCAACUCGUGCUACGGCUUCGUGACGAAGUAUAGCAUCCCCGGCGGCCAGAGGCAGAGCGUGCUCCCGCACCCGCUGGUCCGGGUCAUGGACGAGAUCCACGUCUCGUGGCAGGGCGCUGAGAGGCCCGGGCCGCGGGACCUAUCAGGCCUGCUGUCGGUAAGGCGGUCGGCGGUCGAGAGGGCGCUGGCCUGGCUCAAGGAGAACAACCCGCUCUACGGCGAGGUCGAGAUCGACGCGGCGGAGAUAGCCAGCUGGGGGCGCCGCCGCACGGUGCCGCCGGUGGUGUGCGAGCGGCUGGAGCGAAACGAGCCGUCGGCGCGGGAGAGGACGCAGACGGCGCAGGUGGUGCCGCCGUCGGAGCGGGCCAUGGACGACGGAGGCGCGGCCGAGAUCGAGGAGGUCCUCGCGAUGCUAAGGCAGGGCCAGGACCCCGCCGAGGGGAGCCGCGACGUCGGGCUCACGUGCGAGGACGACGACAGGGACGGCGCUAGGCCCGAAGAGGACGGGGACGUAAUCAAUGAGGUAACGUCUUCCGGCAUGUUCCCGUUAGAUGGGGCGCCAGAUGUGGCCGACGCCGAGAAGAUUCGCUUCGCCCGCGACGCGGUCGGGCCCGAGGAGCGCGCGCCAGCCCGAGGACGUGGUAGGGACGGCGGCCAGAGGGCGGCGGGCGACGGCGGCGACGGCGAGCCGUACAUACAGGUGCGACGCGGCGAGGAUUUCGCCGACUCGGCGGACGCCUCCUUCUUUGCAAAGGCCUUUCCGACCCUGUUCCCUUUGGGCGCCCAGGCGGAGCGGGUUGCAGAGGGCCUUAUGUCGACGCGGAACAUGAAGCUCCAGGCAUGGGCCGACGUCGUGCUGCGGCGUCACGGCGGCCGCAUGCUAGGCGUAGCGAGGAAGAACUUCGCAAGGGUCGAGGGCCUACUAAAGUCGUUAACGGCGCAGAGGCUCGAUGCGGCCAAGGCCGAGCUCGAGGCCACAGGUAACACUAGCGUCGAAGGCGUUAAAGAGCUCCUCCGUAAAGUUACGGCUAGCGGCGCACCGCGGCCGCGACCCGACGAGGCCGAGGCCUUCCUAAGUGACCUAGGGACCGCGUAUAAGCGGACGCGGCUGGCCAUAUCGGACCCGAUGAGCUCGGCCGUCUUCUUCCACCGGGAGAUGACGCUCUUCUUCGAGCACUACGUCAACGUCGGGGAGGAGUCGGUGUUCGGCCACGUCGGCGCAUACUACGGGGCGGUAGAGACCAACGAGCGAGGCGCCCUCCACAUCCACGGGCUCCUCUGGCUAAGGGGCAACGCGGGCAUUGGCGACGCGCUCGCCGGCCCGGACGCGGAGGAGCAGGCGGCGUACCGGGAGCGCAUCGUCCGCUACGUAGAUAGCGUCUUCUCUGAGGAGCUAGACGCAGAAGGUUACUGUGCCAUGCAGGCAGAGCGGUCGGCCACGGCGGACAUAUCGUCGCGGCUCGACGACGUCGCGCGCUUCACGGACACCUUCGACGAGGAGGCCAACUUCUGCGCGGGCGCGACGCAGAUCCAUACGCAUAGCGCGACCUGCGCGCCGUGGAGGUUGGUGGAGAGGACGGCGCUGACGGCGGACGGGGUGCUCGAGAUCCGGCGGACGCAUAGCAUGGUGAACCGGUGGAACAGGGCGAUGGCAGUGGGGCUACGACACAACCACGACAUCUCGUUCAUCGCGACGCAGCGCAAGACCAUGGCCCUAAUCUACUAUAUUACUAACUAUGCGACGAAGGUAGAGGACCCGGUGUGGAAGCGUGUGGCCGCCGCGGCCGAGUUCCUUCCUGUGCUAGAGCCGACGGGAGAGGGCAACAGAAGUGGCGCCGACCGCGACGCCGGCCGGGAGGGCGGGGCCGAAGGCGGCUCAGCGUGGGCGUAUAUAAACGCAAACCAGCUCUACUGGGCCGUCUUCCGCCGGUGGCGGCACCUCCGACGGGCGAGCGGCGCCGAGGCGACGGGCGACGCGCCGGACGAGACGGCGCUUAGGCGGCCGGGUUGCGGGGCGACUGUAUGCGUCGACGGAUACCUCAGCAAGGAGUUCAGCGAGGAAGACGACGAGUCGUGCCACCGGAGGGCGGCGGUGCAGCACCUGGCCCUAUUCGUGCCGUGGGAGUCCUUCCUCGGCGAGGAGGCAGGCGACAUUAACAACAUCUGGGCACGGGCGCGGGAGUCGCUGGCGCCGAGGGUCGCGCGGCUCGCAGACAACGUGCAGCUCCUCCGGCGGUCGGCGGAGGACGCGAAGCGCGACGCCAAGCAGUGGGCCGCCACGGCCGAGGAGGGCGGUAUGACGGCGCCGCAGGCCGACGACGAAGGCAGGGGGGCGGCCGAAGGGGGCGAGGAGGCAUACCGCGCCGGCGGGGCGGGCGACGCGGCCCGGCUCAUCGACGUCGUCCGGAACGCCGCCAGCGCGGGACAAGUCACGGCGCAGUCAACGGAGCUGCUAGCGAUGACGCAGCAGCUCUGCCGGUUCCAGCAGUCGGCGCUCGGGUCGGCGGCCGAGCUCGCGGCGACGGUGGUGGCGGACGAGAGGGCAGGCAGGCGGGUGAACCUACCGGGCUCGGCGCUGUCGGGGCGGCACUGCCGCGGCAAGAAGAGGUGCGGGCCAUCAAGUCGCAGCAGAGGAGCGCGGCGCGGGGCGGAGCGGGCGAUCCAGGGCAUCCAGGGCGGCGGGGCGGCGGCGGGCGUCGGGGCCGACCGCGGCGCGGCCCUUCGCGGGGUGAUGGGGGGCUUCGGCGAGGACGACAUCGACGUAACGGCGGCCGACGGCGACGCAGACGCAGGCACGGCGGCGGGGAUGCGCGUGCGGCUCGGCCCGUCGAGCUCGUUCGUCGCCGCCGGCAGAGCUGGCGGGCCAGCUCACGCUCAACGAGAAGCAGGCCAUCGCCCUCCUAAUCGUGUGCCGGCAACUCGACCGAAUCCGGCAGGGCGACGACGCAGGCGGCGACGGUGGUGGCCAGCUCUGCCUAUUCAUCGGCGGCGAGGCGGCACCGGCAAGUCGCGCGUCAUCGAGGCGCUCGUCGAGCUGCUCGCCCGGAGGGACCUAUCGAGCCGGGUACUGGUUACGGCGACGUCGGGGACGGCGGCAGCGCGGAUCAACGGCAUCACGCUGCACUCGGCCUGCGGCCUUACGGUCGGCCAGGGCGGCCGGGCGGGAGGGGCGACGAGGGACAUUGACGGCGUACGGCUGGCGGGCCAGGGCGAGCGCUUCGUCGACGGCCGGUCGCGGAUGGACUGGCAGGAGAAGGAGGUGCUGGUGAUCGACGAGGUCAGCAUGCUCGGGGCGCGGACGCUGCACGCCGCCAACGAGCAGCUCUGCCGGCUGCGGGGGUCGGCGCGGGACUUCGGCGGCAUCCCGGUAGUGAUCCUCUGCGGCGACUUCCACCAGUUCCGGCCGGUGCAGGAACGGUCGAUCCUGCUGCCGAGCGCGGCGGUGGCGUGGGACGAGGACGGGGCGUUCGCGGCCGAGCAGCGGCGGCAGCACGACAAGGCGCACGCGCUGUGGCGGCGCUUCACGACGGUCGUCAUGCUAGACGAGCAGAUGCGGGCCGCCGGCGACCCGGAGCUGCGGCGGCUGCUCGGGCGGAUCCGCCGGGGCGAGCAGGACCGGUCGGACCUAGAGCUGCUCAACUCGAGAUGCUACCGGCCGGGCAGGCGGAUCCCGUGGGAGACGGGCCUGACGGUGGUGACGCCGCUCAACCGGAACCGCUGGAACCUCAACCUAGAGGCGGCGCUCGCGUUCCGGGAGAGGCGGCGGACGGCGGCGCGCGUCUUCCUCUCCGAGCAUAAGUGGAGGGACGGCGUGCCGACGGAAGAGGAGGCGGUGCUAAUGCUAGGCCAGGGCGACGACAGCGCGACCCCGGUGCCGGCCGUCUUCCUCUUCGUGCCAGGCAUGCCGGUCGUCGUGAACCAGAACACGCACCAGGGGCUGAAGCUUGUGAACGGGGCCGGGUACACGGCGGUGGACGUCAUCCCCGACCGCGCCUUCCCCGGCCACCGCGUCUCGGCGGAGCUCAUCAUGCACUUCGGGCCGCCGGCGGGCAUCGUGCUGGCCUCGGAGACGACCAAGGACUUCCACUUCGUCGGGAUGCCUGCCGGGACGAUCCUGCUAACGCCCAUCAGCGUCAAGAUCACAGCGCAGCGGAAGCGGCCAUGGCAGCGCAACGACGUCAGCCGGAGGGGCCUGCCGUGCGCCGCGGCCUUCGCCUGCACCGACUAUAAGGUGCAGGGCGGGACGCUAGAGCGCGUGGCGCUGGAGCUGCGGGGGGCGAGGAUGACGACGGUCGAGGGGAGGGCGGUGCCGUCGUCGUGCGACCCGUAUAGCCUAUACGUGCAGCUGUCGCGGUGCCCGACGCUCGACGGCAUCAUGCUCGUAUCAGAGGUGCGGAGCGGGACCUAG